AUGUCGAUUCCUGUCGAAAUUGCCGAAGUAAUCAUCCGGAAGAAAUCACAAUACGGCCGAUACAUUGACACCAAGCAAUGGGACAAAUUUGACCGAGUUGCACUGCCUGAUGCGGAAUUCAGUUUCUACGAUACCGACGGGUCCAUCCUAAAGGCUGGGAAUACUUCGUUUGCGUUCCCAUCUUCUGCGGCCUUUACGGUCUUUUUCAGCAAAUUCUUCGCGAGUGCACAAACUCUUCAUAUGUUUGGUCCAGGAGAGUUGCAACUGAAAGCUGAUGACGAGGUGGGAGCUAUAUGGGGUAUGGAAGAUCAAAUUAUACUGAAACACACUAUGGGGUUGGUCGAGAUCAGAGGCGGAGGCUACUAUCACGAGACUUGGAAGAUGGAAAGGGGAGACUGGUUUCUGAAAUCGUUGCGACUGGAGAGGACGUACCAAAAAACAAGCCCUAUGGCAAAGAUUCUUGUAUUCCUCGAUAGGUACCUUGGGUUCUCAGUCGUCUGA